GCAAGAAUGGCUUGUUCGGAAGGAUUCCUGCCUACAGGUCACAGGUAUUGCAGCGCAAUGCCAGCUCUGGACAAGUUCUCGUGCUCCAGUGUCAUACCUACUGUUAACUCCUGCUGCAGGAGCCCUUUUGUAGUGCAUCCUGCCUGGAUUGCUGAGCACCUCACCCCUCAGAGGUGCCAGUGGAUUAGCCACUGCCUCCCCUCUCCUGGCCCUGCAUGGAAGAGGCAAAGCACAUCGGGGAGAUCAGUGCACUUAGACAGCAAUGUCCCUGUGCUGGUGAGAGGAGAACAAGAUGGAUUUUAUUACCAGGGUACAGUAAAACAGGAGAUAGAGGGUGAAAGAGGCAUGUUCCUGGUAGAGUUUGCCAAACCACUUGCGUCACGUGGAAGGCAUCCAGAGUGUGAGCAGAAAACAGCAAAGGAUGACAUCCUGGAAUAUAUGAAUGGGAUGAAGCACUCCUUACUCCCUGGAGACAAAGUACUGGCACCCUGGGAGCCAGAAAUGGCCAGGUAUGGCCCAGGAACCGUCCUCAUGGGCAUUGAGACGAGGGACCCCUUACGAGCCUCAGAAAAUGAAGAAAUUGUAGUCCAGUUCUGGAAUGACAAGAAAGUGAAACUUCCAUGUGAUGUGGCUCUGUGGAUCCCUCCUGGCCUAUGGGAGAGGAUUGUAGAGAUGAUCCACAUGCCCUUCACCAGCAGGGUGAAGCCCAGAGAAAGUCCCGACACUAACUCUUGUAUUUUUUCCUGCAAUCCUAAACCAGCCCCAAUUCGUCUUUGUGCUAUACCUAGCCUUGCCAAGCACUGCCUGCUCUGCUCACCUUGCUGGCCCCAUUUCCACUAUCACUGUGAUGGUAUAUUCUGUUUGUCAGCAUAUGUAAGGUGCAUCUGCUGCUGCCAUCCCCGUGUUGAUGCCUGGUGGCCUCUCCCAUCCAGGUCUCUGGUCUUUCAGAGAGAUAUUGAAGAGGCAGAGUCUAUCAGUGAGCCCUCUCCACACCUUCUAGAACCAGAAGGCCCAAACCAAGAAGAAACAGCAGCUGUGGCAGCAUCUUCUCCCUCUUCUGAUUCAGAGUGGGACCCGGAGCCAUUCUCCACUAAGAGUACUGUGGUGGACAGUGCUGUAAACACAGACUCAAGCUGUCUUGAGAAGCCCAGGCUAAAGGAUUCUGUAAGACCAGAGGGGAAAUACUGGAAAAGAAGACACCACAAGUUCCAUCCCAGUAAUUCAGGACUGAGUAAUCCUAGCAGCACACGGACAGAGGGCAAGCAGAAAUCCAAAGCCAUCUCCAUUGUGGACAGGUCCAGUGCUGCCCUGACUAAUCGAUGUGCAGUGUUUAAAACCAUUGAGCAGUCUCCCAGAGGGCAACUCACAAUGAAAGGUAUCCCAAGAGACCAAGAUUGUAAGCCAUCACCAGGAAUAAGGUAAUCUGUAUUAAUACUGUAUUUACUGAAGCACACAGUUUAUUUGAAGAAAUAGUCUUGUUAAUGUUUUGGCGGUUGGCUAGAAAAAUACAUUGUUCCUAACCUAACUGCCUACUAAAGCCACCCACCAGUUUUGUGAUAGGGAGGGAACUUCUUCGCUAAUUAAAACAAAACUAAACCACAAAAUCCUAAUGACAGGGAGACGCUACUUGGUAAAAAUGAAGAAGAUUAUGCCAGUAACUAUGUAAGCUUUCAACAAUGCAGGUUUCAAUUCAGAAACCUGCCAAAUGCCUAGUGACAUCAAUUCAGUGAAGUUCUGUGGAAGUAGGGACCUAUGUGAGUAGUAGAAAACAGACAGCUGUGACUGUCAGAAGCAAUAAAACAUAAGAAUAGAUUCAAUUUAGAAAAAAAUCAGUUCUGCUGGGUUCUGCUAGUCAAACUGAUAGUCACGAUCUCUGUCUCUGAAAGAUAAAAGCACAUAUUUUUAGUGAACUGUCUUUACCGAGUAUCUUCUCUUACUCCCUCACAAGAAGCAAGCAGUUUAAGCAGCAGACCCCUAUCCUGAAGCUAGAGGAUAGAGUAAACAAACUGUGUCACAGCAAGGAAGGAGGACAACAACCUGAUUUUUAGGCCUGGUUUCUGUCAGCCGUGGUACCCUCCUGCUUCAGAAAAAAUCAGGACAUGAAUGCCAAAAAAAGCAGGCACAUAAAAGAGGAAAAGAAAAGCUUGCAGGAAGGAGAUGAUGAAAGAGAAUGGCAGGAUGAACAGAAACACUGCUCUGCACAAAACCACCAGGGGUACAAUUAAUACAUGAUAUACCAGAUUAAAUAUUAGCUCCUCUGUACCUCCACGGUCUUGCAACUGUGAGCUGACUGCAGAAUAAAACUUUGACAACGCUAAACUUGCAUGAUUUUCUUUAGAAGAUGAAUCUGUUAAUGACACAUCUUGGUAAACAGAGAAUAUACUAGAAUAUAACUG